AUGACACCCUUUAGCAGAAUCAGUAGCUGUCCAAAUUCAACUGUAUCAGCCCCACACUGGCAAGAUAACUCUACAGGACCUGGAUUGCCACGGUCUCAUGCCUACUAUGCUCUCUGUUACUGCAUCUUGAUCUUGGCCAUCAUUUUUGGGAAUGUCCUAGUCUGCCUAGCAGUUCUGAGGGAACGCAGUUUGCAAACUACCACCAACUACCUUGUGGUGAGCCUUGCCGUGGCAGACCUGCUUGUGGCCACUUUGGUGAUGCCGUGGGUGGUGUAUCUUGAGGUGACGGGAGGAGUCUGGAAUUUCGGCCGCAUCUGCUGUGAUAUAUUUGUAACUCUGGAUGUGAUGAUGUGCACAGCCAGCAUUUUAAAUCUCUGUGCUAUCAGCAUUGACAGAUACACUGCAGUGGUUAUGCCUGUUCAUUAUCAAUACAGCACAGGGCCUAGUUCUUGCCGGAGAGUCUCCAUCAUGAUAGCAAUAGUUUGGCUGCUGGCAUUUGCUGUUUCCUGCCCUCUUCUCUUUGGCUUCAAUACUACAGGAGACCCCAAUAUUUGUUCCAUCUCCAAUCCCAACUUUGUUAUCUACUCCUCCGUGGUCUCCUUUUAUCUUCCAUUCUUGGUGACUCUGCUGCUCUAUAUCCGGAUUUAUAUUGUGCUGAGGCAAAGACAGCGGAAGCGAAUCCUCACCAGACAAGGCAGCCACAGCAUCAAAGCAUGUUACAAACAGAAACAACAUACAGAAAAAAAGGCUUUGCACCAAAAGCCUCCAGAUGCACUGUCCUGUUGCUUGCAGCUCAAGUGCUCGGACCAGAGGCUGCCUGCUGAAAAGAAGCCCCUGGCACCUACUGAACUGCAGCAAUAUUGCAGUUUCUGCCAUGAAACUUCCUUCUCCAGUACAGGAGAUAAAGAGGCAGUUGACCUAAAGAUGAGGAGAAAAACCAAGGAACAAAGCUUAGAAGUGCACAAACUCAGCAAUGGCAAAACCACCACCUCCUUGAAGCUAUCAUCUCAGCAACAUCGGACAAUACAGCUUAGAGAGCGGAAAGCCACACAAAUGCUAGCUAUUGUUCUUGGGACUUUCAUAGUCUGCUGGCUGCCAUUCUUCUUGACACACAUACUGAAUACCCACUGCCACACUUGUCACAUCUCCCCAGAGCUGUACAGUGCUACCACAUGGCUUGGAUAUGUCAACAGUGCCCUCAACCCUGUUAUCUACACCACCUUCAACAAUGAGUUCCGCAAAGCUUUCCUCAAGAUCCUGUAUUGCUGA